CAAAGCCGGUGCGGUGCCGCUAGUGCAGCCCUGCCCCUCUCUCUAUAGUUUCUUCCUAUCUAUUUUUCUGUCUUAUCACAGUGCGUCGUCUUUAUCUCCGACCACUUAUCCCCCAAAAAUCACUAAAAAUCAAACAAAUCUUGCAAAACCAGCAAAAAAAAAAAAAAAAACACACAGACCAAACACAAACACUCAUUUUUCAACCAGUUUGUGUUACUAUCUCUUUUUGUUGCUUCAUUUUUAUUAGAAAAAAAAAAAGAGAAAAAAAAGGGAGAGAAUUUUUAGGGGUUUGAAAGUUUUUAGAAAUGGCUCAGGUUCAAGUUCAAGUUCAGGCUCAGCCUCAGGCUCCUCCGCCUCAGCCACAGGCUCAGGUUGUGAAUGGAGUGGCGGUGGCCAAUGGGUCGGGUCAGUUCGUGUCGACGUCGUUGUACGUUGGAGAUCUUGACCAGAAUGUGACGGACUCGCAGCUCUACGACUUCUUUAACCAGAUGGGUCAGGUUGUGUCGGUUCGAGUCUGUAGGGACCUCAGCACUCGCCGCUCGCUAGGCUAUGGUUAUGUCAACUAUAGCAACACCCAAGAUGCGGCACGUGCAUUGGAUGCUUUGAAUUUUACUCCUCUCAAUGGCAAGCCAAUUAGGAUUAUGUAUUCUUAUCGUGACCCUAGCAUCCGUAAAAGUGGGGCAGGGAAUAUAUUUAUUAAGAAUUUGGACAGGACCAUUGACAACAAGGCACUACAUGAGACAUUUUCAUCAUUUGGGACUAUCUUGUCUUGCAAGAUAGCUACUGAUCAGUCAGGUCAGUCAAAAGGAUAUGGUUUUGUGCAAUUCGAUAAUGAGGAGUCUGCCAAAAGUGCUAUUGAAAAGCUGAAUGGCAUGCUAUUGAAUGACAAACAAGUAUUUGUUGGACCCUUUCUCCGUAAGCAAGAAAGAGAUUCUGGGACAGAUAAGAUCAAAUUCAACAAUGUCUAUGUCAAGAAUCUGUCAGAAUCAACCACUGAAGGAGAUCUGCAGAAAACUUUUGGUGAAUAUGGAACUAUUACCAGUGUUGUAGUUAUGAGAGAUGGAGAUGGAAAAUCUAAAUGUUUUGGAUUUGUCAACUUUGAGAACUCAGAUGAUGCAGCUCUCGCUGUCGAUGCUCUCAAUGGAAAGAAGGAUGAAGAUAAGGAGUGGUAUGUAGGAAAAGCACAGAAAAAAUCUGAAAGAGAGAAUGAACUGAAAGGACGAAUUGAGCAAAAUUUGAGGGAGAAGGUUGACAAAUAUGAGGGGCUGAAUUUAUAUGUUAAAAACCUAGAUGAUAGCAUCACUGAUGAUAAGCUUAGGGAAUUGUUCUUAGAAUAUGGUACAGUUACUUCGUGCAAGGUCAUGUGUGACCCUAAUGGUAUAAGUAGAGGAUCAGGAUUUGUUGCCUUUUCAACUGCUGAAGAAGCAUCUCGAGCUCUUCAGGAGAUGAAUGGUAAAAUGAUUGUCAGCAAACCAUUAUAUGUCGCACUUGCACAACGUAAAGAAGAUAGAAGAGCAAAGUUGCAGGCACAGUUUUCACAACUGCGUCCUCCUGCAAUCGCAACUCCUGUUGCCCCUCGGAUGCCCUUGUAUCCCCCAGGUGCCCCAGGUCUUGGACAGCAACUAUUCUAUGGGCAGGGCCCUCCUGCUAUUCUCCCUCCACAGCCUGGUUUUGGGUAUCAGCAGCAAUUAGUUCCUGGGAUGAGGCCAAACUUUUUUGUGCCAAUGGUCCAACCAGGUCCACAGGGCCAGCGUCCUGGAGGCAGACGAUCUGGAGGAGGGGUGGGGCAACAAAACCAGCAACCACUCUCACUGAUGCAGCCACAGAUGGUUCCUAGGGGACGUGCCUAUCGUUACCCUCCUGGUCGUAACAUGCCUGAUGUUCCUAUUACUGGUGUUCCGGGGGGAAUGCUCUCUGUUCCUUAUGACAUGGGUGGAAUGGCAUUUAGAGAUGGUUCAUUUUCACAACCUAUGGCAACUGGGGCUUUGGCUACUGCACUUGCUAAUGCUCCACCUGAGCAGCAGAGGACAUUGUUGGGUGAAAAUUUAUACCCACUUGUGGACCAGCUGGAGCAUGAAAAUGCUGCAAAAGUAACAGGCAUGCUUCUGGAAAUGGACCAGACCGAGGUCCUGCAUUUGCUAGAAUCACCAGAGGCCUUGAAAGCAAAGGUCUCAGAGGCUAUGGAUGUUCUGAGGAAUGUCAAUCAGCAGCAACAGGUCAAUAGUCCGACUGAUCGGAUGGCCUCACUAUCGCUGAAUGAUAACCUUGUUUCUUGAGUUUUCUAGGCAUUGGUUUUCAGAAUAAGUUGCUUGCCUUUGGAGCUGUUAAAUGCAGACUUUUUAAAUUUUUAUUUCUUAAAGUAAGACCCGUUUUUAAUUGAUAUUUAAACAUGCUGUUAUUAUGGCUAUAGUUUUGGCCAAAGCAUCUUAUCUUUUGAUUUACGUAACUUUUGAAUGCCUUAACAGUGUCCAGAGAGUUUAAUUCCAUGGCAUUAUAUUUUCCGA